ACCGCCGAAGGUGCUGCGAUUGUUUCCCGAAGAUGAAAGUGGCGAAGAGUUGUGAAAAGUCAAAAGUGAACAAAAUUCAAAAUGCCGGACGAGUUUGUGGAUUUGGAGCUGCAGUGGAAAAGUCGUUUGGAGAAGAAUUUCAAUGUAUUCACAGUUGGAAAGAUAUUUAACCUUUCCAAUGAUCAUCUGGUUGUGGGAGGUGAAGAUGGAAUUAUCAGAAUAUACGACUUACCCACAAUGAAACAUUCAGCUGAGGAAAUCACUUUGAAGGAGUUGAUAAAGUUGGAGACCAAAGGAGGACCGGUUCAAAUUUUAUGUCUGCACAACAUCACAAAGUUUGGUUCUGUUGAUUUGAUUGUUGCUGAUACAAAAGGAACUCUGACGUUCUUUGGAAAUAAACAAAUUUUGUACAAAAUGGCAAUAUCUGAAGGAUGUAUAUCUGCCCUGACUGUUGAUAUCGAUGCAGCGCAAAACUUGUCAAUAGUUUUGGGAGACCACGAGGGAAAUGUAGUUGGAUGCUUACCUCACUGUACUCAAUGGAAGUUGCGAUUGAGUGAUUUGAUCUCGUCUAACAAGAACUCCAGUGAGGCGAUGGUGACUUCUCUUCUUUCCAUCAAACUCCCUGUCAGCCCGUCGCUCGUCAGUAACUACGUACUGGUUGCAGAUAGCCACAAGAACUUGUAUGUUUUGCAAAAUGGAAAUGUCGUACGCACUUUGGAUAUGCCUUCAACCGUCAGCACAAUGUGUGUGGGAUACUUUCUUGAUGGACUGGACACCAAUACGCCACUGUCACCACACUCCAGCGUAACCACAAGGACAGGUACUCCACACCAAGUGGCAUUAGGGAUGAUCGACGGUAGGAUAUUCAUUCUAAACAAUUUCAGUUUGACCUUAUAUGCCAACAUUAAGCUGUCUUUGACAAAGAUAGUUGCCUGUUCGUUGGGUAAAACCAUGGACACUUUGUUGUGCUGUGGGUACUUCAACUCUAUGCUGGUUUACCACAAUGGUAAACGUUUGCAUAAAGUCAGGACCGAUGAUUGGGUUAGCUCAAUCAAGGUUGUGCCCAGUAGGGGUAAACAUGAACACUGUGUAUACCUGGGGACAUUGGAUGGUACUAUUCAGUCGUAUGGAAUGAGUAUGUUAGCUAGAUAAAAUGAUGAAAGUUUUACGAAAUGAAUAGUUUUAUUCAGGAUACAUAUCAUGAAGUGAACUAACUAUGGAAGUUAAUCAAAGACAAAGCAUAUUUUAUAUGCAUUGCACUUUGAAAAAAUAUUAUUAUGGCUGGAUCAGGCCAUAGCGAAGCAAAUUCUUUAUUACGACAAACGGAAAAUGUUCUAUUUAGAAUUCGUUGCAAGCCGCUUUGUGGAAAAAGUUCUGCGAAAACUGUAUGCGGCUGACCUAUGCUUAUAGCCUUAUAUUACACAAGCGCGUCUUGGAAACACAAGACACCCUCGCUUUCAUAGAACGCAGCGUUAAACGAAGAAGUAGUCUUCUUUUCACCGCAAUACACCAGAAUAUUGUAUGUUUUGGGCCCUCAAAAAAAAACACAUUACGAUUUAAAUUAAAGAUUUAAUUUAAAGACAAUUGAUAAAAGUGGUUAGCGUCUAUAGCUUAAUAAGCCAAUAAUCCCAACACAUUUCGUAUAGAGUUUUCUCAAAGCAUUCAAUAGGAAUAUGAGUUACUGAAAGUUGCAACGUCGGUUCACAUGUAAACACGUUCAAUGUAUGUAAAAACAGUUUUUAAUUCAUUACUCAAAUCUCACUUUUUAAAUCUGGUUUGUUUUUUUAUGUGCGUGUGACGCAAAAGUCGCCGCAUUAAAAAUUAACCGUGACAAAUCCUAUCC